AUGCCGACUACCUUGAAAGAGUUCGAGAGCGUGUGGCCCCGUAUAAGGGACGAUGUUGCCGGUCACGCCAAAAGUUACAAACUGCCCCAGCAGCCCCUUGAUUGGUUCGUUCAGUCCCUCGACUACAACACCGUAGGCGGAAAAUGCAAUCGUGGCAUGUCUGUUGUGGAUACUUCGUCCAUCCUGCUCAACAAGGCCCUUGACCCAUCAUCAGAGGACUACUUCCAAGCUGCUCUUCUCGGAUGGAUGAUCGAACUUCUCCAGGCUUUCUUCUUGGUCUCAGACGACAUCAUGGAUGCUUCGAAGACCCGCCGUGGACAGCCUUGCUGGUAUCUCAAGCCCGGUGUCGGCAUGGUCGCCAUCAAUGAUGCCUUUAUGCUGGAGUCAGCCAUCUACGUGCUUCUGAAGAAGCACUUCCGCCAGCACAAGAGCUACGUGGACAUGCUCGAGCUCUUCCACGAGGUCACCUUCCAGACCGAGCUUGGCCAGCAAUGUGACCUGCUGACUGCCCCUGAGGAUCACGUCGACCUCGACAAUUUCAGCUUGGAGAAGUUCUCUUUCAUCGUCAUCUUCAAGACUGCAUAUUACUCCUUCUACCUCCCUGUUGCCCUCGCUCUGCACUACAUCGGUGCAGCCACGCCCAAGAACCUCCAGACAUCUUUGGACAUCUUGAUCCCAAUGGGCGAGUAUUUCCAGGCACAAGAUGAUUACCUGGAUGCGUUUGCCGAUCCUGAGGUCCUUGGCAAGAUCGGCACUGAUAUCCAGGACAACAAGUGUUCUUGGGUCGUCAACCAGGCGCUGAAGAAGGUGACUCCGGAGCAGCGGAAGGUGCUCGAGGAGAACUAUGGUCGCAAAGACGCACAGAAAGAGGCUAAGGUGAAAGAGCUUUACCAGGAGCUGAAGCUGGCCGAGUUCUACCAGCAGUGGGAGGAGGAGCGCGUGACUGACUUGAGGGCGAAGAUUGCGCAGGUGGACGAGAGCGAGGGCUUGAAGAAGGAAGUCUUCGAGGCGUUCCUGAAGAAGAUUUACAAGCGCAGCAAGUAA